GGUAGUGGCGUUUUGUUUAGAAAACGAGCUGAGCGUGUUUUACGAUUUUAGCUUAAAAUUAAUACUUUAAAUAAGUGAAUUGGCUAAGAAUUACACAUUUAUGUUACUUUGACAGGAGAUAUGUCAAGCAAAGGAUGUGAACGGUAACAACAUCAUACAGCUGAAGAAAUACUUUAAAAAUUCUGAAAUACAAAAAUGGCAUUUAGGGGAGACAGAAACAUCAGAGGUGUAUAUGAGGAACGGCUUGCUUUAGAAAGAGGGGGUCCGUAUCCAAGAGGGGCUCCUGGAGAAAGGAGACCUCCCUUUGGACGGCCGGACGAAGAGUACAGUCGGGGUUUCGAAUAUGACGGCCCUCGGUUUUACCCAAAUGGUGCCCCUCGUAACUACCACAGAGAAGAUCAAAGGGGUUACCAUGGAGACGGCCAUCACUCUUUUCCGAAUGAACACAGGGGCGGUCCACCUGCUCGAAGGCAGGAGGAUUUUUCAUACUUCAGAGGACCGAGGGAUGAACCACAUGCUGGCCGCCAAGUGGACUUUAGGCCGGCCAAUCGACCAGGUCCUCCCCCAAACCCUCGGGCCCAGGGUUCCUACCCUGCACCCAGGACUUUAUCCGCAUUGGUCCCUGAGGCUGGAGAAGACAACCUUAUGCAGGCCAUCAUGAACUUGGACCGGAGUGAGGAACGAGACCCCGUGAGGCGAAAGGCUCCUUUCCCCCCAGUACGUGAUCGUUCUCCGGCCCGUCGCGACGUCCCACCUUCACCCCACAGCCGGUCGGGGUCCAGCAUCAGCAGCCGCAGCUACUCGCCAGAGCGUGCCAAAGCGCACACCUUCCCGCCCCAGCCAGCGAAAAAGGAGCCGUACGGUCCAGGCCGAGCUCUAGACAGGGAAAGGCCCCCCGGCCCCUCCGUGAAUGCAUCGCGAGACGGUUCGCCACAUAGCUCCAUAUCGGCCUCCAAGGAGGACAUGACGCCGAUAGAAGGGCCCUUGGAAGAAGCUCUGAAAACAGUAGAGGAAACUUCCUCCGUCAUGGAUGACUUUCAGGAGCGACGAGCUCAAGCUAUUGCUGCCAAGGCUCGGGAAAUUGAAAAGGUGUACCGUCAGGACUGCGAGACGUUUGGCAUGGUGGUAAAGAUGCUGGUCGCCAAGGAACCCAGCUUAGAGAAGCACCUGCAGAGCCCACUGAAAGAGAACCUGAUAGAGAUCCGCGAGCGAUGCCUUGAGGACCUCCGACACUUCAUCGCCGAACUCGACGAAGUCGUACGACAGCCUGAACCUGCUGUCUAAGGUGACGGGGUUGCAUUCGACCAGCAGUUUCGUUUUGUGUUUUCUCUGAGCCUACACAAAAGACCCUCAUUGUUUUUGAUGUAUUAUGCGUUUAUACACGGUGUACUUUGUGCGACAAAUGCGAAAAUGUAAAUUUGUCAUCGAUGCAGUUUCAUUCAUUUGUUGAUGUGUACAUGGGAAUUUGUAACCUUACAAGAUUAUGAUUAAUAAAAAAUGAAUUAACGGCUGGGAAAGGAAAUGCCUGAGGAGGGUCUGAUCAUCAUUUAUUAUGGAAGCUAAAGAAGUUUACCAAGCUCCUGUCGAAGGGAUAGUUCACCCAAAAAUGAACAUUCUGUCAUUAUUUAUUCCCCGCAUGUUAUUCUUUUUUGAACACAAAUUAAGAUAUUUCGUACCCAUUCACUUCCAUAGUAUUUGUCUUUCCUACUAUGUCAACUGUGUGGUUGCAAAAUAUCUUUAUUGUGUUUCAAGAGAAAAAAGAAAUUAAUACAGGUUUUGCAAAAACAUGCGGGUGAGUAAAUGAUGACCGAAUUUUCAUUUUUGGGUGAACCAUCUCUAAGUCACUUACAUUCACACUCAUUCUUUCUGACCAGUGAAAAAUAUUUUAAGAAAUUUUGUGAAUAAUGUACAAGUUCAGCCAUGUGCUGCUAUUCGUAGUGCUAUUAAGCUAUGCAUCUGACAAUAAUAUGUUUUCAUCUUUUUUAGAAGCCAUUUUUUCAGCCAUUAUACAAUGAAAACACGAAACAAGUAUUUGUGUACCUUUUCCUUUUUGUGAACCCACUGUAAGGCAUGUUUUUUUUUUUGCUGUACUAAAUCCUUCAAUUUGUGACUUCAUGUUUUUAAUAAAAUAAACUUCCUACGUUUAA